UUCCCUUUGUUCAUCUUCCCUCUUGCAUUGUCGAGGCUAUUGUUCGCCUAUUUACUCUACCCUCUGAUGAACAGUCUGUGCAAUUGAUGAUUCUCCGGAUUCAUACUCUCAUGUGAACUUGUUGACAUCGUGGUUGAUUCGGGUUCCAUCUUUAAUCAAACUUUCCUCAUUCCGAUCUGAGCACUGAUCGGGUUAUUAUGGCCCCCAUCAACCUGCUCACUCGUCUCAGGACGCUUUACUCCAAGGAUUACGAUGAACCAGCUAUCUCAACGGCAGCAGCAGCUUUCUUCUCGGUUUUCCUGACUCUUAUUUACGUGAUUCCAUUCUACGUGAAUGUCACCACCCGGCCGUCCCCCACUCUGAGUCGCGAUGCACCAUCAGUGAUCCGCGCGCGAAUCCGCAGCGUGACCCUGUCAUGCAUCGCGAGCACGCUCAUCGUCGCCUGGCUGAUCAUCGGCAAAGACGACGGAUCUCUGACGGAGGCCCUCAAACUCCUGGGGUGGUGGCCCAUCAGCUUUGCCGACAUCUUCCGCAGCCUGCUGCUGACAGCCAUCCUCUUCGCGGGGCCAUUGUACGAAAGAGGCAUCGCUGAGGGCGAAUGGAGGGAGUGGGCCCAGGGUAGCCGCAUCAGCGCGUCCUUGCGCAGCUGGAUCGGCUGGAGGAACUACGUGGCGGGCCCAAUCACCGAGGAAAUCAUGUUCCGCUCAGCGAUUGUCCCGCUGCAUCUGCUUGCCAAGGUGUCUUCGGGCCACGUCGUCUUCGUAGCACCCCUGUACUUUGGCAUCGCGCACGUGCACCACUUCUACGAGUUCCGCCUCACGCAUCCCGACACCUCAGUGAUCGCAGCGUUGCUGCGCUCCAUCUUCCAGUUCGGCUACACCACCGUCUUUGGGUGGUAUGCCACUUUCCUUUACCUGCGCACCGGGUCGCUCCCGGCGGUCAUUCUCGCGCAUACCUUCUGCAACUGGUGCGGACUGCCCCGGCUGUGGGGGCGGGUCGAGGCAGGCGUACCCAUCGGGCCCCCAUUGGCCAAGGGGAAGGGUAGCAGCUUAGAUGAGACGGUAUAUGGGCAGUUGGGCAUGGGCUGGACUGUCGCCUACUAUGUUCUGCUCGUCGGGGGCGCGGUGGGGUUCUACUAUGCGCUGUGGCCUUUGUCGGAGUCCUUGAAUGCGCUGGCCUCUUUCUCGAGUCCGCACAAGAGGACGUAAUCAAUGAGAGGGAAGGUUGUGGAGCGUCAGCAUUGAUGUUUGCGUCUGGAUUUGAUGAACGAGGACGAGAUCGCCACGUUUUAUACAUAUAUAAUAUACUUUAAUGCGGCCUGAAGCAGGUAGGACAUAUGUUGAG